AUGCAAGUAUUUUCCUAAACAUCUACAAAUUAUCUCAGCGAUAAAUCUGAAACGUAAUCAAUCGGGAUAAGAACAUAGCUGGGAUUUCAUAAGGACUUAAGUCAUCUUGAGAUUUUCAAAAAUAUCAACGACAAGCUCAAAGAUCUGAACAGUUUCGUUGAAACAUUAAAGUUAGAGAGUCAAGAGGUAGACUUGGUGUAAUUACUCAAAUAAAAUUCCAACAAUGAUUCCAAUUCAUAAGGAACAGUGAAUAUAAAAAGAUAUAAGGAUGCAAUCUACAUUGGGCAACUAAAUCCAGAGUAAAAAAGACAUGGUUUUGGCGUUAUGCUCUAUACCAGUGGAAGGAGAUUUGAGGGUUAAUGGGAAAAUGAUCUCAGAUGUAUAAGAGGAUACGAGCGACAUUCAAAUGGUAAUAUUUACCAGGGUGAAUUCAGGGAAGGUAAAGCAAAUGGACAUGGGAUCUAGACGUGGGCAAAUGGAGAAAAAUAUGAUGGCCAAUGGGAGAUGGGAGCUAGGAGCGGAAAUGGAAUUUGGUCAGGCAUGGAAAAUAGCAACACUUAUAUCGGGAAAUGGAACAGAAAUAAAGCGGAAGGAUAUGGAACUUAUACUUGGCCAAAUGGUGAUAGAUAUGAUGGUGAAUGGUCAUAGAACAUGAAGAAUGGAAAAGGAGCAGACUUUUUCAACAAUGGCGAUACCUUUGUGGGAUACUACAAAGAUGGAAAACCUCAUGGCAAGGGGAUAUACACUUGGAUGAAUGGGAGUUAAUACGAUGGAGACUUUGUGGAUGGAUUAAAGCAUGGAGUCGGAGUAUGGAAGAAAAACAAGGAUGACAUAACAGGACACAGAUUUGAAGGUGAAUACUAAUAUGACAGGAAGCAUGGAUAUGGGGAGUUUUAUUGGUAAUCUGGAAAUAUUUAUAAGGGUAGUUACUAAAACGAUGAAAGAGACGGGUAUGGUGAAAUGUAUUUCACAGAUGGUACAACUUACAAGGGAGAUUGGACAAAGGGGCUACAAAAUGGAAAAGGAACUUUAAUCAAUCCUGAUAACACUUUUGUUGAAGGACACUUCCACAAUAAUAUUUUUUACGGAUAAAACAGUCCUGUCUCUUCUGCUCACUCAAUUAACUUUUAAUAAUCUCCGAAUCAGCAGCAGAGAUAGUUAAGAGCAUCACUAUCUUCAAACUUCUCCUAAGGAUCUUUGAUAAGCAGAGGGUCACUCCAAAAUAAGAAAUAAUAGCUAUAGGAUUAUGAUCAUUAAAGCGAAGACAUAUCCCCAUUCCAAAGUCCUCAUUUAAUACAAAAAGUUAAUCAAUCACAAGAUAGUGCCGAGAUAAUGAAAUUCAAAAAGUAACGAAUGCAAUCUCGAGAAAUUCAACGCAGUACAAAUUACAGUUCUAUAGAACCAAUAGAUGAGGAGAGCUUGCCAACAAUGAGAAAGAACAGGUCAGACGCUUAAUUGCCUAAAAUAUUAGUAAGAAAUGCAACCUAGUCAAGACUCUAAAGUUCAUAGAUAUUAGUAAACAAGCAGCAUUCUCUUUAAUAAUCCAAUCUCUAGUUUAACAACAACUUGCAAUCUUAAAAGUAAUCCUUUAUGACUCCUUAAGGAGCAAUGCUUCUAAAGAGCAGCUCAUCACUGCCUCAGUCAAUGACAGAGAUGUCCACUUAAUAUACAUAGAAAAGCUCCAAAUAUAUAGAUCAAUAACAGUAAGCCAUGCCUGGAUAUCAGAAUAAAUUUUACAGCGGUAAUUUGAAAAAUAUAGCCAAGAGAUGA